ACGCAGCUCUGCCAGCGGGAACGGCCCGGAGCAGCCAGAGCCUGUCCUCCAGAGCAUGCUGUUUGGGCAGCCUCUGGAACGGCUCUGUGGGGAAGAGGGGAGCCUUCCCCCGCCAGUUCAGGAUCUCCUGGCCAUCCUGAACAGAGAGGGACCUGCCACAGAGGGCGUCUUCCGCAUCGCGGCGAGCGAGAAGGACCGGCGGGAGCUAAGGGAGGCCCUCAACGCAGGAGUCCAUGUGGAGUUGGAGAGCAAGCCAGUGAACCUCCUGGCUGCUCUCUUAAAGGAUUUCCUACGGAAUAUCCCCUCCAUGCUCCUGUCCGUGGCCCUCUAUGAUAGAUGGAUGCUCGCUCUGGAGACGGCAAGCAAGGAGCAGCAGAUUGCAGAGCUCAAAGAGUAA